CCUUCCUCUGAAUGUGGUGACUGUCCUGAAUGACAUUGGCCACGUUUUCCAUCUUGCUUUCUGCUUAAACACCACAUGCUCAUAAACUUCAAGCCAAAAACUUCUCACUCAGCCAAGCUGUAUAGUGUGCCACUCCAAGUCUACGUUGUGUUUAUCGACAUUUAGCAGUAAUGUUCAAGCUCUGAGCUAAAAGCUACAGUUUCUCCUCAACUCCUGCCUCUCAAUUGGUGGAGAAUGGUCAGCUGACAUUGUCAUAUUGUCUCUCACCGAGCCAAGCCUCGGCUAUAACACUCGGGUUUGUGCGUCUUAACCGGAGAUUGGAAAUUAAUAAUAUUGAAUCCUCAAAGUAGCUCACGUCCAGUUACAGAGGCAGAAAGUCGAGAAAAAAACGAAGACCUUGGAGAAAGGUGUGGUUGGUUGACACAGAGGGGAAGGAGAUUUACUGAGGAGAUUGAAAAGAGACCGAUAAAGAAGUGGGGAGAGUUGGAGAGAGGGUUACAAGCAAGGUAUGAAUUCUUAUUUCGCAAACCCGUCGCUCUCCUGCCAUUUAUCCGGUGGUCAAGACGUUUUGCCUAACGUACCCCUAAACUCCACCACCUAUGACACAGUUAGACAUUUUUCGUCGUACGGUGCCGCUGUGACCCAGAAUCGGAUAUAUGCACCUUUCUACUCUCCUCAAGAUAAUGUGGUUUUUGGGUCUGGCAGAGCACAGUAUGAGUAUGGAUCAAACGUGUUUCUUCAAGACAAGGACGUGCUUCCCAGCUGCAGACAAACAAACAUGGGACUCAAUACACAAAGCCACAUUGCUCAAGAGUACACUCUGGAUCAAGGAAGAGCAGGAGCUCAGGAGCAGAAAAGUAACAUCCCGAUCUACCCGUGGAUGCAGCGAAUGAACUCACACAGCGCAGGAGUGGGCUACGGGACAGAUAGACGCAGAGGACGGCAAAUAUACUCUCGUUACCAAACGCUUGAGCUGGAGAAGGAAUUUCAUUUCAAUCGCUACCUGACCAGGCGCAGACGCAUCGAGAUCGCGAAUGCGCUUUGUUUAACAGAGCGGCAGAUCAAAAUCUGGUUUCAGAACCGGCGCAUGAAAUGGAAGAAAGAGAGCAACCUGACCUCCACGGUGACUGGAACUGAACAGACAGGAGCGUCUCAAGAGCAGGAACGCAAUGGCGCAAUGGAAGAAGGGAAAGAUGAAGACAAGAAGAAAGAAUAGCUAAAAAAAAAAAAAAUAAAGACGUGGAAAAAAAACCCACACGUUGACCAUUAAAAACCAACAUAACUACCUAAAAAUCUACAUGGACUUGAGAGCGACUUCACUGCAUGAUUGCUACCCCGCAGCUCUCCCAGUUUUAUUUCAUGUUGACCACAGGAGUGUUGAGCCUUAGAAAUCCAAAUUAUUUCAGCCACACUUUGGCCGCUGUGAUGUGUGGAGAACUGAGGAUUUUGUUUUAUUGCAAAUGUCACACUUGUAUUGUGAAAAUAAAAGAAGUAUUAAUUUCUA